AUACAGAUGUAAGUGGCACAUAUAUUUAUAUGGUUUGGAAUAAAGGAGAAGAGGGGCUAAAUCCCAUUAUAGAAAUUGACUUUGUGGUUGGUGACAGUAAUCAAAUUGAUGAAAAAAAAGGUGCUUCGUGGGCAACAGUCAAUCAUGAUUUAAAAGGGUGA